GAUAAGGUGUCAUUGACUGAUAUGACCUCAGAUUUUCAUACUGAGGACAUGAUUUACACAGACGUUUAUCAGGAGUCAAUAUCGGGCGAUCAUCUCUCCCUACCAGAGUAUGAUUACUAUAAUUUUGGAAUUGAAGAGGCUGAUCCUGGUGUCCCAGUUGGCAGACCUACUGGGACCAAUUCAUUGGGCUUUAGUUGGAAUGUAUCAUUCCCUCACUCUUAUGACAAUGAGGGUGAUAAUCUGGUGGACCCCAGCCUUCAUGGCCCGGCGGUGUCUGAGAAGACCCUGCUAGAUCUGCACAGACAGCUCAUUCAUCACUCUGUGUUUGAGUCUUACACUCUCACAGGAUUAUCCUCUUCGGUUGUCACAUUUAAACCCUUCAUGCUUAAACCAAAGGGUCUUUAUUUGCUUGAAGUGUCUGCAAUUUCUGAGGAGCGGCUGCAAGGGAAAAGCCAGCUGUUCUUCCACACUCAAGCUGUUCCUGAGGGAAUGAGCUGCCAAGUGCAGCCCAACACAGGCUAUGAAAUUCACACUUACUUCAGCAUCUUCUGCUCCUCUGGAAAAGAGGAUCUCUUGUAUGAAUACAGUUUUAGUGUGGGCACCAGUCCUAGGAAACUCCUUUACGAAGGCAGGGAUUUCCAACAUUACUUUAGUCUUCCUAGUGGAGAUCCUAAUGACGAUUACAAAGUCACAAUCUAUAUCGAAAUGAAGAACAGAUUUGGAGCAACGACCAAACCAUGUCCUGUGAAAGUGACUGUUCUUCCCAGCUUUCAGAGAAACUCAUCCUCUCAGCUCAACCCUGAUCACGAACUGUACAUGUAUGGAGUGGGUAACCUAACCGGUCUGAGUAAGAUCGGAAGCAGCAGAGACAUCAUCAACUACAUCUCUCUUUUGAUAGCGGUGCUGAACCGCUUGAGUCUGGAUGCAGAUUCCUCUGUCCAGCUUCUGACGCUCACACGCACUUCCAUCAUUACAGCAGCCUGUCAGCUGUCCAUCACUGACAAGGGAAUGUUAUUUGAAAUCAUUUACAGGCUUACCGAUCUGAUAAGAGUCUCCAGUCAAGUGACAUUUUACUGUGCCAAACAAGUAAUUCAGCAUGUUCAACACAUCGCAUCCCUCUCACAUGAGUCCAAGCCUCCAGCAGGCCAUAUCCUGGACACUGGGAUGGUGAAAGCACUGGUAUCUCUCCUGUCUGGUGUGUUGGAGGCUCCAGUGCUCUCUUUCAGACCAGGACACCAACUCACAAACAAAGUGCUUUACACCAUCACUGAUUUAGUACUGGUAGGAGAAGCAUCCCUGAUGAUAUGUUGAUAUGUUAGUUU